UUUUCUUUGGCUAUUAAUCUCUGUUGGAUUCAAAAACUUCAAAAGGGCCUCAAAUCCAAGAUCCCCAUUUCAUUGAUUCAUUCUUCAAAGGGAAUACUGAGAAGAAGAAGAAGACGAAGAAGAUUGGAAGUCGCAGAAUUAAUAAUGGGGUUGUGCAAGCUUGUGGAUGCGAUUCUUUUCCUCUUCUUCCUGGUUAUAGCGGUGGUAGUUCCGCUUCUAGACUCCCAGACUUGUCUCCCAGCACACCUGUUUCCAGAUUUCCUCAUCGACCUCGGUUCCUGGUACGCUCGUGAGUAUGGAGAUUACCUCCUCGUUGAGAAACCUGAUUUCUUUGUUGGGCUCAUCUGGCUUGAGCUCAUCCUCCAAUGGCCCCUCUCUAUUGCCAACCUAUACGCCAUUAUCUCUGGAAAGUCCUGGUUCAAAACCACUUGCUUGAUCUACGGUGUCUCCACUUCCACUUCUAUGGUUGCGAUUUUAGGGGAAAUGAUUGGUUCGCGCAAGGCAUCGGAUAAGCUUCUCAUGAUGUAUUCUCCGUUCUUGGGCUUUGCUGUUCUUGCGGUUCUGCGUGGGCUGGUGCCAAGCGGGGGCAGGAGCAGGACACCAACUUCAACUAAUGCCACAAGAGCUGCAACGGCUAGGAAAAAGAGGGCUUGAGGGUACACACAAUGGAACCCAUCAAUCCAUCUUCAUUUUUGUUCUGAUUUUUUAAUUUUUCUCUUCUAGCAUUCUUGAAGAGGAAAAAGUAUUCCAUCUUCUAAUGUUUUUUGUUUUUAGAGGAAGAGACAGAGAGAUAAUGGGAUCUCUGAAUCUGUUUUAUCCAUUUCUUUGACAAAGUCUAUGUAAGAGAUUUUUUCUGAGCAAUGUUGAGUUUUGAAACAUUAUCCUUA